AAAACAGACGCGAUGGGUGGGUUAAAAUUAAGGAUUAAUUUAUGUUUUCUGUGCCUGUAUAUUCUAAAUCGCGGCUAUUGCCUGAACCAGAGUGAAGUGCAGCCGCAUAAUGACCAAACAAAGCAGAACCUCACGUUGUUACGUGAUCCAAUCUACCUGAAUGUACCGAAAAAUCUGAAGAUGAAUGAUAUUAACGAUUAUAAUGAAGUGGUGCUGCCGGUGUAUUCCCGAACCACCAUCCGGUUGGCGAAUUUUUCGCUAAACGAUCAUCCAACAAUGGGCUACGCUCUGGUACAGCUGAACGCCUUCGAGUAUAACGUAACACUCAGCUACAACUCCACGAUCAUCGAGGGUGGCCAUCUAACGGGCCAAAAUUUGGGUUUACUGAUGUAUGAGGAUGGUGACCUGUAUGCGUUCAACUUGAACCCAUAUCAGCCGGUGUGGGUAUCGAUAGUGUUGAUGAUCUACAACUCAUCCGCCCCGGUACCCGGCGGUUGUAAUCUGGAGUUUCCCGUCGAAACAUCGCCAGUCCUGAAUGUUACGCUGACGCCUGCAACCAUCAUCGUUGACACACCACCGGCUUCCGUAGCGCUCCAGUUUCGGAAUAAUUCAUCGAAUGCUUGCGGUAACGCACGGCUAAAGUACGAGUCAUACUAUAUUCAAAUGGCUUCUCAUGAUUUCUCCCAGCGGUCCUACUUUAAUGCCCUCCGUUCACUGAUGGGAUAUGCGACGGCGAAAACGGCUGGCCACCAGAACACUCUUAGCUCACCGUUGCACGUAAACCGACACGAGUAUGGACGGCAACCGGGCAGGGGCAUGGUGUUUGUGACGGUCGUCACCGAUUCUGUUCAUCGCGGAUUUUCCCUUUACGUUCCCGGGCACACCUAUUCGUGUCGACCGUUUGAUGAUCAGUCCGAAUGCUACGGUCUCAACAUUCCUUGGCGCAUGGUAGCCCUGUUACUGACACUGUUAGCUGCCUUGGAAGUGGUCAUGGGUUGGUUACCAGUUACCAUCAAAUGUCCGACUAUGUUGGGCUAUCUCAUGUUACUUUUAUGCAUCGAGGGGCUACAACAUUUAGGCACGGUAUUGCCUACGACCGCCGUCACUGCCGUGCUGAUAACAGCAGCACUCGUGGGAGCUGCCAUUGGAUUGUUGCUAGGCGCAUUUGCACCACAAGCUGCCAAGAUAUUAUGCGCUUUUGCUGCGGGCUACCUGAUCGUUAUUACACAACUUGGAUUCAUUAAUGGAAAUAUCUUCACCAUAUCGCAUGUAUCGAUCUACAUGUGGAUCGUGGCGCUAAUAAUCGGCUUGAUACUGUCGCUUACUCUUCCAAUCCUGCUCGUCACUCGCUCGGUAAUCUUUGGUGCCAUUUGUAUCUUCUACGGCGUGAAUAUGGUCUUUGGUGCUCGACUCGACUAUCCCUUGAAGCAUUCCUUUUUGCGACUUUUCGUAUCGAACUACGGCUCCGUCUAUGUCGAUCCUAUGCUAGACGAGGUUGACGGUGCUGCACUAGCAGCGUUCAUAAUCAUUCUGAUCGUGUGUCUGUUCCUACGGUCUCGUUACCAGCCGGAGGUGGUUCAGAGUGACUUCCAAACAGCAUGGAGCAGUCGCCAUGCGUUCAAUGAUGCCUUGCAUACGAGCACUGUGAUCUCGGCUGACGACAUAUUCUCUUAUCAGCAGUUUGCUAACACUAGCUACCCACCAGUCAUUACACGAUGGACUAGUGGCGAUGAUGAUGUGUUUGAAUCUCCUCGAAGUAAUUUUCGCUUUUUCCAGCGUCUCAGAAGAUAAAUCGUCGAUCUAGAAGUAUCAAUAACCACGUCUCUUUGAUCUAGAUUAGGUCUCAAUUUUCAAAAUUUUAGAUAAGCUUAAUGCCUUUUGGCAUGUCCCCAAAAACGUAUGUCGAACUGAUUUUGUGAGUAGUUUCCCUUGUAUUGAGGAAUAAAAACAAUAAUAUACAUUACUAA